ACCCAUUCCCCAUCAUCAGGACUGUGAAGCGCGGGCGCGCGCGUCCCCAGCCCCCGCUCCCAUCCCCGCCGCUUCCCUAGUAAUACCGGCCAUUGAUCUUCCAGCCCAGGGUCUAUCUCACACUUCCCCCAGAAUCCGGGCCCACACGCGGCCUAGUACCGUCAACCUGACCUACAAGAGACUCCUGUAUGCCUUCGCCGUUCGACAGUUUUCCUUCCAUCUCCUAGAAGCGUCCAUCGCCUCUCAGACGGCACUUCUCGCUGUCUCGCAGUACUAGUAUUACUAAUAGUACAGUGCAAUCUCGUAGUACGCUGAGAGGAGCUCUCGGGAAUGCUUCGCACUCAGUGCCAGUGCCAGCCUGGGUGCGGCUGUCCUUCCUGCCGAAUCCGAGUCGGACUCGUCAUGUGCGCCACUCGGGAUUUUCCCGACCUUGGGAAUACAGCGGCGGCCUGUUGCCUUUCUAGUGGCAUCGUUCUGGAUAUCCCUGCUAAGGCGAUGCUGGGCGCGUCUCGCGCCGAUGGCAGCGCCGUCAGCAGCGCCGUCAGCAGCGCCGUCAGCAGCGUCGUCAGCAGCGCCGUCAGCAGAGCCGUCAGCAGCGCUGCCAGUGACAGCUGCCACGUGGCAUCACGCCGGCCCGGGAGAUUUGGGGCGCUCUGGACCAAAGCUGAGGCUGUGGGUGCGGCUGGGGGGCCUGCUUCAAGUUCAAGUACCGUUCUGGACAUCCCUGCUAAGGCGAUGAUGCUGAGCAUUCCUCCCACCGACAGCAGGAAUGCCAGCAGCAACGCCGCCGCUGAUAGCACUACUAGCUGUGUUCCAUCAAGCCGGAAAUUCGGGGCGCUCCGAGCAAAGGCUGCCAGUCUCAGUGAGACUGCUGAUGCUACUCGUGCUCUACUGUUUCCGGACCUGGUCGGCAAUAGCAGUAGCAGCGAACCGAGCCUCGUCCCCCUACCGACGCCGAACCUCAACAACGACGGCAGCAGCUUCGGCCAACCUUUGGAACCUCCGACGCCGCCGAGCCUCGGCCGAACCAGUCCGCAGCAGCGGUUUGCGAACCUGGAGGUUCGGCUGGCCAUGUGGAACCGAGCCACGGCCGGGGCGCGACCGAGAAGAAGAGCCUCUCUCUCCUCCUCCCCCUCCCCCACUGCUUACUCUGCAUCCCCUUCCCCCUCCCCUUACCCCAUGGCGGUGGGUGAUUGCUCCAUUUCACAUGACCAUCAUGCGGAUCAGUUAAAGCCCCAGUGUUGUCACAGCUGCAACGGCCACAAUCAUGACUACUAUGGGGAUCAGUCAACCCCUCGGUAUCGUCACAGCUGCUAUGGCUACAAUCACCACGGCUCUUGCCGCCCCAGGCGACGGUCCCACAGCUUCCCUACCCGGCUGCUGGAAGAAACGCGGGUGCCCCCUCCCCCAGCUUCACCUGCUGCCCGGGUGAGCCCUCCCCCAGUGUCACCUGUUGCCCGUGUGGGCCCUCCCCCAGCUUCACCUGCCGCCUGGGUGGGCCCUCCCCCAAUGUCACCUGCUGCCCGGGUGGGCCCUUCCCCAGUGUCAGCUGUUGCUCCAGUUGGUCUCACCCCACCUCGCUCACCGGGCCAUUCUGCAGGUGUCAGCACCGCCUGUGUGCAGGGAGAUGUGGCAACAACCACCUUUUCAGGUGACUUUGAGAACUCUCAAGCUACUUGCAGUGCUGCCGCACCCAGUGAGGGGAGAGUGCCUUCCAGCAUAGAAGCAUCUGCAUCUGCUACCAGUGAACACCGAACAUCGGAAGGCAGCGGCGUUAAGAACGGCGUGUUCAAGAUGAAUUCUGCCAGGAUGUGUCAAGCUACUACCCCUUCAGCCACCUGCCAAAUGCGCCAUGCAAAGCCCGCUGCUGCUUGCUCCUCCUCUGUUUUCCAGUGGGCUACUGCCACUAGGAUUGCUCUGCGUGGCAUGGCAGCCAAUGCCAACAUAGACGCCAAGAAUUCAAAAAAUUAAUACUACGGCAAUUUGAAGUGUAUUGGUCGAGGCGUACAGAAGGUGGUGAAUUGUCAAGACAUACACUAAAGGAAUUCUUAGCGGACGAUGUAGCUACGCGUGCCUACGAAUCGUUUUCUGGAGGACGCGGUGUUGAAAGUUGAAUCAGCUUGCCGCGCAAUCCC